CACUCUCUCUGUUUCUUUCUUUCUUUCUUUCUUUCAGACUCAGUCAUCGAUCGAAACUGUGAACAGGUCACCAACUUCAACUUCUUCUUCCCAUGGCUUUCACCAAUGCCUUCAUCGCUCCUUCAUUCGCCGUCCACGCCGGCAGUAGGGUUUCCGAUCCGCUCUCCAUUCCUCUUCCCUCUGACGCCUUCUUCCGCUCCCGACCUUCCCUCUCCAGAAACAAGAAUAUUCUAAAUGCUUCAGCUUAUGACUUGAAUGCAGUUGGUUCAGCUUCACUGGUCAGUAAGUUCAAUAGGGAUCAUGAAAGUGUACCCAUGCCAAUGGUUUUGAUAGAUCAAGACUCGGAUUCUGAAGCAACGAUUGUGCAGCUUAGCUUUGGUGAUCGUCUUGGAGCUCUUAUUGACACGAUGAAAGCACUAAAAGAUUUGGGAUUGGAUGUAUCAAAGGGAACUGUCUCCACAGAGGGAUCGGUGAAGCAAACCAAAUUUUUUAUUACACAAUCAAAUACUGGGCGCAAAGUUGAAGAUCCUGAUAUGUUAGAGAGAAUUCGACUUACCAUUAUUAGCAAUCUGUUGAAGUAUCAUCCUGAAUCCAGUGAACAAUUAGCUAUGGGUGAAGUGUUUGGCAUAAAGGCUCCAGUGAAGAAGCUUGAUCUUGAUUUUGCAACUCGUAUUCAAGUUAAGGAAGAUGGGCCUAAGAGGAGCUUGUUGUACAUAGAGACGGCAGAUAGGCCGGGACUGCUAGUUGAAAUCAUCAAAGUCAUUGCAGAUGUGAACAUUGAUGUUGAAUCGGCUGAGAUUGAUACAGAAGGUUUGAUUGCUAAGGAUAAAUUUCAUGUCAGUUAUGGUGGAGCUGCAUUAAACAGUUCAAUGUCUCAGGUUUUGGUGAACUGUCUGCGUUACUACCUCCGGACACCAGAGACAGAUAUUGAUAGUUACUGAGGAAUCAACCACCUUGUAAAAUAAGCCAAUUUUACGGUUCUUGUACCCAAUCGCAAGGGUGAGCUCAAGAUCACCUUCGAGGCAUACAUAUUAUGGAAUGAUAGAUGUUGCCUGUGAAAUCAAUGAAUGAAAUACCUGUAACUGUUCCGUUAAACUUAAAUCUGAUGUGAACGUGAAAAGAUUGGAACAUUUUAAUUUGCCUCAUUUUCUCCAA